CCGACCAAGAUUUACUCCCACAGAACUUGAAAUUCUUGUUGAUGAGGUGUCGGAAAAUACUAGUGUUAUUUUCGGCAAGUUUUCUUACAGCCUCACGUUUCAGAGGAAAAAAGCGAUGUGGAGUAGUAUAGCCGAGAAGAUAAAUGCCAUAAGCGAUAUUGAACGGACGGGCGAGGAAUACCGAUCGAAAUGGAGCUACCUACAGAGUGAUGUGAAAAACAAGGUUGCACGGCGUAAGAAGGCUAGCAGAGCUACUGGCGGAGGUGUCGUUGAUCUGCCAGAUUUGACGCCUAUUGAAGAAAAGGUGCUUAGUAUUAUUCCGACAGCAGCCACAGAAGGCAUCGCUGGUGGUAUAGAAAGCGGGAUAGCGCAUGACGCUCCUGCUUCACCCGAAGCAGCGUCACCUGCUCGGUCUCAAUCAUCUCAAUCAUCUCUGUCCUCCCAGUCAUCCCAGUCACAGCCAGCUUCACCAGCACCAACACCGAUGACACCCGUACCGCCACAGUCAUUGCUACACGAGGAGUUAACUCAGGGAGGAUGGGUUAAGUCAGAAAAGAAAAGAAGGCAUAUAAAGGUAGUGUCAUCUAAUGAACUGGUGUCUAUUGAAAGACAACGACUAUGGGUGGAAGAGGAGAGGUUGGAAACCAAACGGCAGCGACUGCGCGUGGAAGAAGAACGACUUGAUGUAGAGAAGCAGCGACUAGAAUUGGAAAACGAAAUAUUAGAUAUGAAGAGGUGGGCAUGGAUGGGGGAGCAAGGCACGAGUGAAACAGCUGAUGUCACACAACAUAGAGUGAGCACCUUGUAAAGCGUAGAAGCGAAAAACAAAACACAUGUAUUUUUGCAUUUAUAU